UAACAGUCUGGUUGUGUGGAUGGCUGGCUGGCUGGCUGGCUGCUUGCUUGCCUGGCUAACUGAAUGAGGGCAAUAGCCAGACCAUAGAUUCCAGAGGGUCCUCCUGUCCUUGAGCUGAGAACCUCAGCUGGCCUAGCCCCACUCCCUGAAAUCUCACCUUUACCUCAACUGGCUAGUUUGCCCUCCCUCCCUCCCGAAGACCCAGGGCGCCCCUUGGAUUACUCGGUAUAGGUGGAAUGGAUAUCUGAGAGAAAAAAGAGCCAGUUAGUAAUGGACUGGAUGCAUAUGCCCUGGAUGGUCUUCCCUAAAGCUCCCAGAAGGUGCAGGCACUCUCCCAGGAAAAUAGCCUGGAAGAAGGGAAGGUGAUGAGAUCAUGGGAACCUGCAGAAGCAAGAGACCAGACAUUGUUUCUUCUCUCAGGGUUGCUGUGAAGAAGGUGCUUUUCUCUCAUUUUGCAGAUGAGGAAACUGAAGUUCAGAAAGGGCUUUCCUUUGGGGUCAGCAUGUGCCCUGGUCAACUUGGCUGGACCAUCAUCUUCCUCCUGAUACUCCACUGCACAUCUGGCUACCAGGACCUCACCUGCUAUACUGACUACAUCCAGAACCUGACAUGCAUCUUACAAGUGGAUCCUGGCCAUGCAGAGACCUCCCCUGACCUCACCAUUGAGUGGAAUGAUCCCUAUGGGGAACUGGAGGAAUUCGCUAACUCUUGUAGCUUCAACCGAUCUACCUACAACCACACCCAUAUGCAGUAUACGUGUCACAUGAAUGUGUAUAAACUGAUGUCAGAUGAUGAAUUCAACGUCACCAUCACAGACAAGCUAAGCAACAACUCCAGUGAGGGGAGACACUUUAUCCUGGCUCAGAGCAUUAAGCCAAAUCCUCCUUUCAAUGUGACCGUGGCCUAUUUUGGAGAUUACAACAUUUCCUGGAAAACCCACUAUGAAGAUCCCCGUUACUACGCAUUACAGAACAAGUUACAAUAUGAGCUGCGCUACAAAAAACAAGAAGACUCCUGGAAGACUCAGAAGGCCAAGUUCAUCCCAGCCGACUUGAAGUCAGUGUCACUCCUGUCCUUGGAAUUUCAGAAGGGCUCAGUUUACGAAAUACAAGUUCGAGCUCAGCCCCAGCCAUCUUCACUCUACAGUGGGGUCUGGAGCGAGUGGAGUCCUUCCGCCUCCUUCAGGACCCAGCCAGAGGAAGAAGAGAAAACAGAAUGGUCCUCUUGGGUAUUAUCCAUCUCCUUCAUCGUGGCCAUACUUGCUUCUCUGGCUGGAUGGAAACUGACACAGAGGCUGUGGAAGAAGAUGUGGGUGCUAGUACCCAACCCCGCGCCCUUCUUUCAGCCCCUGUAUUCAGCCCAUGAGGGUGACUUUAAGAGCUGGGUGGGAACAUCUUAUACCAUCAGCACCCUGAACUUAUUUGACUGGGGACUGGUGUCCCCAGAGGUACUGGAAGUAUAUGGAGGCUGCCUCACCAAAGGGAUCGAGCUGAUUGAUGCCAAUGGGCAACCCAAGAUAGACUACUGUGGAAUCUGCCCCCCUGGACCCUCCCAGAAAGAAGCUGGAUCUUUUGCCUUAGGAUCUGGUGAGGGGAAGGACAAAUCCUAUGGCCAUGUGUCCCUUGACACAGUGAUGGUGGUUGAUGACAAGGAGUCUAGUCAGCUGCACUGUAACUGCAGUCACCAAGCUCAGGAUAGAUGUGGUGAUUGUGGUGGAGAUGACAACUACCCCAAGAUAAAUCUUGAUGGUGACCAACCUGAUGGACAGGGCUCUGGUGAGCUGCUCUUGGGGAAAGAAGAGAGAAUCAUCUCCUCUGGCCACGUCUCCAUGGAGAGCCCUGGGAGGAUCCCAGUCUGGCCAGAAGCCCCAAUUGGCAGUAUUUUGGAAGCCCUUUGCCUGCAUCCUCCAGACGACUGGGAUCCAGGGAGUCCUAUCUCCCUACCCUCACAGGAAGGGGAGGGUGCUCCCUUUACCCAGGGACCUUACGCACACUUCUCCUGCAGCUCAGAGAGAGAGGCCUUUGGCCACCCACUGGUCAGCUUGGAUAUGGACACCUUCGACAGUGGCUUUGCUGGUUCUGACUGUGGCAGCCCCUUAGAAAGUGACUUCAUGGGGGGCAGUCCAGUGGAAAGGGAAGGCACCUCAGCCCUGGGCACCAGUCACGUUGAGGAUGAUAUCCCAAGAAGUUAUGUCAAGCAGUGGGUUAUUUCCCCCCCUCCCUCUCCAAGUGCUGGAUCACAUAACAGUUAGCAAGUUAAGCAGGUCCCAAAACUGAGGUGGGGUCAGCAUGGACUAAUAUGUAAACCUAUUGUCACAUGUCAACUAUUCAUACAGCUUUCACUCAGGAAACAAAUGUGGCGCAUCUUCAUCAAACAACUGUAAAAAGAGGACCAUGAUGGCAUACAGUGGACUGAGCUUAAUACCCUGUUAUUAUUUGGUGUCAUUCACAGAUGGCCUGAGAGGCAGCAGGGCGUAACAGGUGACUCCUUUGAAGUCAAGAAGACCUAAGUUCAAGUCCCAUCUCUAACACAUUUUGGGUGUGUGACCCUGGGCAAGUCACUUA